GUAGGGGGUUAACUAAAAUGCAAAAAUAUUAUACUUUUGACGUAAAUUUGACAAAAGCUGGAUACCUUCUAACCAUAUGACCCAGUUAUGUUUGGCUGUUUUAGACUGUUGACCCGGUAGCGAAUGUAAGAGGGGUCAUUCGUUUUACCAACAUGGCGUGGAGGGGUUGCGUUUUAAGAUGGGCUAGGGCUGACAUCAUUAGUACAGCAACCAGAGGAAACAGAUUCACCCUCAACACUCAACAGAGAUGUAGCUUCAGGAAAGCAGCGAAGGAGACAAAGACCAAGAAGGGGGUCAUAGAGGAGACGGGGCCCUCACACACAGAGCCCAGUGAAGGGCUCAUCCACAAGAGGGGUGCAACUCCCCCCGUUCAUCCCUCAGUGGCAUACACACACCCCAGGAGCUUUGGCAGACUGGUCAAGCCCCUGGUGUUCACAAUAGGGUUUACAGCCUGUUCAUUUGGCACAGCGGCCAUCUGGCAGUAUGAGUCACUAAAGUCCCGGGUCCAGAGCUACUUUGACGAGGUCCGUGCCGACUGGCUGGAGAAACUACGGCCGCAGAAACAGGGGGAUCUUCGCAAAUGGAUCAACCAGUGGUGGAACGGCUUGAGUGAGGGACAACGUACUGUUACAGGGAUCAUAGCUGCUAAUGCCGUGGUGUUUUGCUGUUGGAGGGUGCCGUCCCUCCAGCGCUCUAUGAUCAAAUACUUCACAUCCAACCCUGCCUCCAAAACCCUGUGUUUCCCCAUGCUCCUGUCCACGUUCAGCCACUACUCCUUCUUCCACAUGGCGGCCAACAUGUACGUCCUCUGGAGCUUCUCCUCCAGCAUCGUCUCCAUGCUAGGCAGGGAGCAGUUCAUGGCUGUCUACGUGUCUGCAGGUGUUAUAUCUACGAUGUUCAGCUAUGUGUGUAAGACAGCCAGCGGGCGCUUGGGUCCCUCUCUUGGAGCGUCAGGAGCUAUCAUGACAGUCUUGGCUGCCGUCUGUACCAAAAUGCCAGAGGCUAAGCUGGCAAUCAUCUUCCUCCCGAUGUAUGCUUUCUCUGCAGGCAAUGCAUUGAAAGCCAUAGUAGCUAUCGACACAGCUGGCCUAGUUUUAGGAUGGCGUUACUUCGACCACGCGGCCCAUCUCGGCGGAGCUCUUUUUGGCAUCUGGUACAUCAUGUAUGGCCACGAGCUGAUAUGGAAGAAUCGCGAGCCUCUAGUUAAGGUGUGGCACGACCUUAGGACGAAGGGUCCUGGUGGGGGAGGAAACGGUGGCAGCGGCCCCCUGUAGAGCGCACUGUACUGUGUGAAUGCAUAUGGAUGGCAGAAGAUUGUCAAUAGUAUCAACAGCCUUGCUGGCCACACAAACCAAAGCCAAACUCUCCAUUUACCCCACACAGACACAAGCUCUAUGUUUGUCUCUCACACUCACACAUGUAAAUGCCAUCUGUAUUCAGUACUCUCUCUCUCACUCACUUAUACACACAUACUACAAAAUAAUGCAGGGCUUUUGUGUUAAUCAUGCUUUUAUGUGUUUGUGAGAGAAGAGAGGACACAAUGGGGACAUAUUGUGAAUACAGGCCCUAGUGUAACUCAAUAAAGUGUUGAUCUAUAAUUAGUUGAACCUUUUUACAUCAUAAUCCGUAAGAUUAUAUGUGAAUACGGACCCAGGAGCCUACAGGUCGUCAUCAUCUCCCCAAAUGCUGAGGUGGAGGUUUAAACCCUAAGAUACGAAACCCCUCCCACUGUCAGUACAGGGGAUGGCUAGGGAGCUACAAUGUCAAAACCGAUAUCACAUCUACAUGUGUUUUUAUAUGAUGAAGUCUAUAUUCAAAGGCACUCAUUAUUCACUGGUCCCUGCAAAGAGCAGGUGUUAAUGUUUUGUAGACUCAGUGUGUGUACAGGAAUAUUUGUUGUAGAUUAAAGAAAACGUUUAGUUUAUUUGAUUCAAAUAAAAUGUGUAUUUGUCUUGCUCCAA